UACAGGAAUUUGCUGGCUUCUCACGUCCAAGAGAUCCAUUAUGUGUCAGUUAGAUGCCUUGGAGGUUGAAGAUGUGCCUACUAGGUUGUUCCCCAGCCUUCCCCCUCCAUCUUUGGAGAUAGACCUGGAAACAGAAGGACACCAAGGACCUUCUUGGGCUCCUCAGGAGACAGCCCAGUGAGCAGCUGGCAUUCCCUGGGCAGUGGGCACCCCUGCUGCUGGGCUCCUGCCAGCUGGAGACCCCUGGGCACGGCCCGCAGCCAGCGGGAUGAUGGGCUGGAUUGACCGGGUGGUGCCCCAGCCCCCGGUGCCCCAUGUGACAGAGGAGACCCCUGUGCGGGAGCUGCAGCCAGCUAAGGCACCCCCAGGAAAGGCCGGUGGCCCCACAGAUGCUGCUGAGCGGGCACGCACUGAGGAAACGGAAAAGAAAGUGGCCUUUGUGGUUUCUGAGGACUCGAGUUCUGUGUUUGACAGUGUGGGGAGCAGUGUGCUCUCCUGGCUCUCCCAUGGGCUGGAGAAGGUGAUUCCCCAGCCAGCCCCAGCCCCAGGGCUGCAGGCACUCGGGAAGAGCUUCGAGACAAGCAUCGACAUUGCUGAUGAGACAAUAUGUUUGGCUUUUCAGACAGAGGUCCAGGUCCUUGGGGAUGAGGAUGACGAUGGCCUGGAGAUAACUCCCUUCGAUGCCGAGGAGGAUGUUUCCGAGGGCGAGCCGGAGAUUGCCCCGGAGCAGUGGACAGGAAAACGGGUGCUCAGCUGGCUCUCACAGGGUUUCGAGAGGAUUUUGCCGCAGCCAGAAGGGAUGAAAAAGCCGGAGACAGAGCCGAAGGAGAGGAGCGAAGGCGCGGUGGAAGGCACAGAAGGGACUAAAACCCAGGCGAAGUCAAAAUGCAGCGCUCCAGGCCCUCAGAGCGCCGCAGCAGCAGCCCAGGGCCAGCCGGAGCCGGGGGCCGCCCUGAGCCCUCAGACCGCGGCUGCGGAUGCCGCCAGGAUGUUCAGCUGGUUUGUGCAGGGGCUGGAGAAGGUGAUGCCACAGCCAGUGACCAGGGAGAAGCAGGACACACAGGGAGUGGCCACAGCAACCUUGAGUCCUGUGGAACAAAUUCAUGUGGUCCCUGAGGAGCAGGAGGAAACCCAUCUCAUCCUGCAAGAGAUUGAUGAUGGCCAGGUUAACGAAGAGAUGCCAGCCUGGGCUCAUGAGGCUGAGCUGCAGGCAGAUGCUCAUUCCCUUCCCACCAUAGAGGAGGAACCUCAGGAAGAAGAAACCAGACCCCUGCUGCAGCCUGCUUGUCUCCCUGCUGAUGAGGGUGUGGAUGAAGCCUGCCUUGCCCAGGAGGCCCUCAGGGCUGAGCAGCUGGAGGAAGCUGAGAUAAGUAAUCUCCAAGGUGCCCUUGUGCAGGUGGAAGAGGAGACAGCUGAAGCUGCCAAAACCGAUGCUGAAGGUCAUUCCCCCACCGUGGAGAUCCAGGAUGUGGACAGCCCAGGCCGUGCUGUGGAGAUCCACGGCACCCACGGAGAGCUGCCUGCUGCCGGCGCUCCCAACCUGCUGGCGGUGCCCGGCGCUGCAUCCCCCAGGAGGGAGCAACUGCUCCCAGAGGAUGCUCUGGACACGGGGCUGAUGAGCCAAUCCCCCAGCCGAGGGCUGGGCUGGGACCAGGAGCAGAGGAAAAGCCUGCCCGAGCGCUUCGGCUCGGCCUCGAGCCUGAGCAGCGCCGUCAUCAACACCCGGCUCCAGGAGCUGGUGAGGCUCUUCAAAGAGAGGACUGAGAAGGUGAAGGAGAAGCUGAUUGACUCUGAUGUCACCUCAGAUGAUGACAGCCCUGUGGCAUCUCCCACCAAGCCAGCACCUGCAGCAGCAGUGGUGCCUGCCCCAGGAGGGGAGCUGGAGGGGGACAAACCUCUGGGGGAUGACCACUACUGUGAGAUGCUGUGCUGCACGUUCAAGCACCGGCCCUGGCUGGACCAUCUGAAAAGCUACCAGUUACCCAGCAGCAUUGACCCCCUCACCAAUCUGAUGUAUGUGCUGUGGCUGUUCUUCGUGGUCAUGGCCUGGAACUGGAACUGCUGGCUGAUCCCUGUCCGCUGGGCCUUCCCCUACCAGACUGCAGCCAACAUCCACUACUGGCUGCUGGUGGAUUACCUCUGUGACCUCAUUUAUCUGCUGGACAUCCUCAUCUUCCAGACCCGGCUGCAGUUCGUGCAGGGGGGAGACAUCAUCACUGACAAAAAGGCCAUGAAAGAGAAUUACUUGCGAUCACAACGCUUCAAGAUGGAUGUGCUGUGCCUGCUGCCCCUGGAUUUCUUCUACUUCAAAGUGGGUGUCAACCCCCUGCUGCGCUUCCCUCGCUGUCUGAAGUACAUGGCCUUCUUCGAGUUCAACAGCCGCCUGGAGGCCAUCCUGACCAAGGCAUACAUCUACAGAGUGAUUCGGACCACUGCCUACUUACUGUACAGCCUGCAUGUGAACUCCUGCCUCUACUACUGGGCCUCAGCCUAUGAAGGACUGGGCUCUACCACCUGGGUCUAUGAUGGGGAAGGAAACAGCUACAUCCGCUGUUACUACUGGGCAGUGAAAACCCUCAUCACCAUCGGGGGCCUGCCAGACCCCAAGACACUGUUUGAGAUCGUCUUCCAGCUGCUGAACUACUUCACAGGGGUCUUUGCUUUCUCUGUCAUGAUAGGGCAGAUGAGAGACGUGGUUGGUGCUGCUACUGCAGGACAAACCUACUAUCGGAGCUGCAUGGACAGCACCAUCAAAUACAUGAACUUCUACAGGAUCCCCAGAGCAGUUCAGAACAGGGUGAAGACGUGGUACGAGUACACAUGGCACUCCCAAGGCAUGCUAGAUGAGUCAGAGCUGCUGGUGCAGCUGCCAGACAAGAUGAGGCUGGACAUCGCCAUCGAUGUCAACUACAACAUCGUGAGCAAAGUGGCCCUUUUCCAGGGCUGUGACAGACAGAUGAUCUUUGACAUGCUGAAGCGGCUCAGAUCAGUGGUCUACCUGCCCAACGACUACGUGUGCAAGAAGGGAGAAAUAGGCCGUGAGAUGUACAUCAUCCAGGCGGGGCAAGUGCAGGUGCUGGGGGGACCCGACGGCAAAUCCGUGCUGGUGACACUGAAAGCUGGAUCUGUCUUUGGGGAAAUCAGCCUGCUGGCGGCAGGAGGGGGAAAUCGCCGGACAGCAAACGUCGUGGCCCACGGCUUCGCCAACCUUUUCAUUUUGGAGAAGAAAGACUUGAACGAGAUUUUGGUGCAUUACCCGGAGUCGCAGAAGCUGCUGCGUAAGAAAGCCAAGAAAAUGCUGAGAAGCAACAACAAACCCAAAGAUGAGAAAGGAGGCCCCGGAGAUGCCCUGGUCAUCCCCCCGAGGGCUGAGACCCCCAAGCUGUUCAGGGCUGCCCUGGCUGCCUCGGGGAGGAUGGGGGGCAAGGAGCCCCUGGGGCGGCUCCGCUGGAGGCUGAAGGAGCUGCAGGCGAUGCAGGAGGCGCAGGGUUCCAGUGUCAGCCCAACCCCACCAAAAUCACCAGUGCACCAGAGAUCGCCUGUCACAUCCCACAGAGCACAAACCCGCCUGGGAGGAGAAAUAUUCUCAGAAUCUUCUGAUCAUUCAGUCACCAUUCGUGUGAUUUCCACAGCAAAAGAAGAUGAGGAAAUCCUUGCUGCUGAGAUUUCAGAGAAAGAUGAAAAAAAAGAAGAGCAAUGAAACAGCAGCAGGUCCCAGGGCAGGCGUAGGAGUCAGGCAAAUGCCUGGGCUAGCAGAUUUUUGUUGUUAAUGAUUUCCAUGCAGUGGCUGUAGGUUUGCUAUGUGCUGUGGGUAGGAUCUGCCUCUCUCUUCUGCCCAGACCCUCAAUCACUGCUGAUAAAACCCUCUGCCAUUUGACCCAGAACCAUAUAAGGUUCCUCCACUCUGCAGAUCCAUUGAGCACCUUUAUGAAUUUCCCACUAAAUCUCAGGUCAGCCCUCUUGCUUUGAAAUCUGGCCUUGUGGAGGGAGAGCUAUGGAAAAAUUGCUUUUUAUGGCUCUGGAUGGUUAAUGAGUGUUCAGACAAAGCAUGAAGAGUUAUUCACCUCUGACAGCUGAGUCACCACUUGGCUAGAAACAACCAAGGAAAAAAAACAACAAGGUUUCUCUGUUGGGCUCAAGGUUGACAGCAGCAGUGGGGAGUGAUUCAUCUGAAAAGGAUGUGGACUAUGCUCACAGGCCAAGCUUGAUUUGCUCACAAAUCAAGCUGUGAUGAGAAUGCCAAGCUCUGUCCCCAAGUGCACAGGCUGCAAGAUGCUUGAGGGUCCUCUCGUGGUGCCAAGACCCCCUUGGCUUUGCCACUGGGAAGAAUUCUUUCCAGCUGUCCACUCUGGGAAGGUGGUGGACUCUCCAUUCCUGGGGGCUCUUAUGGGGAGAUUUGAUGGGCAUCUUCCAAGGAUGGAGAAGCACAAUCCUGGAUGAGAUGUUCCUGGAGUUCUUUUCCAGACUUGGGAUUUUUCUGUGCUGCCACUGCUGGGAGGGAUAAAGAGAGAGCAGGAAGGGAGAAGCUGAGCUGGUUCCCAGCUGGGAGGGGAAAGAGAAGUGCACUGAGUGCUCUCCCCUCCCAGACAGUGUUUCAGAGUCAGCUCAGAGCCUGUAAUGUGCCAACAAGAGUGCAUGAGCAUGCAGGUGCUCCCCUGCACUCAUUGCUGGGCCUCAGUGGCAUCCCCAUUUCCAGCAGGCAAUUCCCAGCCCUUCAGCCACUUCAGGCUGGCUCUUGGCCACAUCUCCCACGGAGAGAGAAGCCACUCUGGUACUGCUGGUCACUGAAGCCAUGAAGUCACUCUCCCAGCUGUGCUGGGAGCGGGUGCUGGAGGGGAAGGCAAACAUCUGGUCAGCAGCCAGCACCCAGCUGAUGGCUCAAGGUGUCCUGUCUUCUUCCAGCACCACCAGCUCCUUCCUCAUCCUCCUCAAAGCCAGCACCCAGCAGAGCAAGCUGCAGGUGAGCUGAGAGGUGGUGAGAAGCAGUGCAUGAGGUGGUGCUGGAUGAGGUUUGCAGAUCCUCCCCAAGUUUUUGGCUGCCCAAAUUCCCACAGCACCACUGGCUGCAUCGAGAGGAGCCACUUUCCAUCCUCUGGAGGAGAAGUUGGGGCAGGUUUUGCUGCAGGGAGCAGCCCUGUCACCGUGGCCAAGGGACUUCCCAUGUGUUCAGCAAAUGCAGUGAGCAGUGCUGCAGGUUCCACAGGUCUGGCUGUGACACAGAGAAGGGUGGCAGUGCUGGUGUCACCCCCUGGGUGAUCCCUCUUCCCAUCAGCAGCCCAGGGCUGACCUUCACCUCCUUUGGGAUCUUCUUUUGUUGCUUUUUCCCCCUCUCUUGCAAAAUGUAUGGGUUUCUGUGGCAAAAAAAAAAAAUUAAAAAAAAAAAAUAAAGCCAGAAUAGAUGUUAGCAUUAGUUAAUAAUGUCUUGCUUUCUUUUUAAACAAAUGUAAUGAGCUCCACUAUACUGCAGGAGGGUCUGAAGCCAUCAUUGCAGGGGAGAGCCUGCACUCGCCCAAACCUCCCCAAAUGCUUCUCAUCCUCAGUCAUUUGCAAGUGGUUUCCUGCCAGGUAGAAGAUUUUGGUAGGGAGUGCAAAGUUGGGGUUUUUUUGCACUCUUUAAAUAUUUAUAUAA